AUGAAGAAGCUGUUCCAGCGGUUGGACAACCGUAGCGACGGUCGCGAGGCUAACGGCGCGCCUGCGGGCAGUCACCCGAGCGGUGGUACCACUGGUGGCACCAGUUAUGCGGGGAAAGUGUUUUCGGUCAACAGAUACGAGUCGGUGACCGUCGAGGAGACCAUAGCGGAGGGCGGCUUCGCACUGGUCUUCCUGGUGCGGGCGGCCAAUGGGCACCGGUAUGCCCUGAAGCGCAUGUUCGUCAACAACGACUACGACCUCAAUGUCUGCAAACGCGAGAUCCAGAUCGCGGCCAACCUCUCCCCCCACAAGAAUAUCGUCGCUUUAGUCGACUCGCAGAUCAACUACUGCGGCGAUGGCGUCCACGAGGUGUUGAUGCUUAUGAACCUCUGCAGAGGCCAUGUCCUGCAGCUGAUGAACGAGCGGAUCACUCAGGGCUUCACCGAAGCCGAAGUGUUGCGCAUCUUCUGCGACAUUUGCGAAGCCGUCGCUCGUCUUCAUCACAAUCAGCCGCCGAUCAUUCACAGGGAUCUCAAGAUCGAGAAUAUACUGAUAUCGGAGAGCGGGUGCUAUCAGUUGUGUGACUUCGGGUCGGCGACCGUCAAAGUGUUGAGGAGUAGCGACACUCUGUCGGUGCUGGACAUCGAGGAGGAGAUCAAGAAGUACACGACAUUGUCAUACCGGGCGCCGGAGAUGAUCGACCUGUACGCUGGCCGCCCCAUAACGACCAAAGCGGACAUCUGGGCGCUCGGGUGUCUCCUCUAUAAGCUGUGCUUCUUUCAGUUGCCGUUCGGCGAGUCGACGCUCGCCAUACAAAACGCUCAGUUAGUCAUACCCUCGGCCUCCAAGUAUUCACACAAACUGCACGCUUUGAUUAAACUGAUGCUCGAGCCGGACAUCGACGCCCGGCCCGACAUAUUCGUCGUCUCCACUCUCGCCUUUCAACUCAUGGCCAAAGAGUCGCCCGUCGUUAACGUCAACAACAGUACAGUUCCCAAGUGGUCGGCGCUGUCGCUGCCGAUGACGGAGGCCGAGGCGCGCGACGCCAAACGUAAUGCCAAACAGACUACAAAUGUGAUUAAUAGUAGAGAAGUGCCUCCUUUCACACCCAUCGGCACCACCAAUACUCCCGGUGCGGUCGAGGGCACGAGCGUUGCCCCGCGACAGAGACCCAAAGGCGGCACAAGUGGUCAGUUAUCGAUACAAGUAUUAUCUGCCGGCGCUAUGAACCGAGCGACGACACCAGUUGAACAGUCGACUAGCAAACUAAUACCAAAUCAGUCAAUCAGUACAUCGCAAAGCUUUACAUCAGGCACUCAGUUGUUGGCCUCGCAGUCCCAGUCCCUGCCCAUAACAGCGCCGACAUCUAAUCUGGUCUCCACUUCGAGUAACAUUCGCCAACAAACUGUUGUCGCAACGACUGACACCACAAUUACUAUUGGGACAGCGCCUGGAGUUCGGCGAACGCAGACGCCUCCCGGAGCCACAUCGCCAACAGAC